UCUGGUGGAGACAAACACCCACAGUUCUGUGCUGGAGUCUGAGGGAGUGGGAGCUCACAACUAUCAUGGCUGUGACGUUUUGUGGAGUCCUUGUUCUUCUUGCAGUGUCCCUCUGUGGACUGAAUGCAUCAAGACCAGCUGUAAAUCAGGAACUCUCCACUCUUUUCAAUGAGCUGUGGCAGUUGGACGUGAACCGGAUGAGACCUGGCAUCGAUUACAACAUAUCUGUUCAGGGCAGAGCCAACUUUGUCAGCCCGGGCAACCAUGUUGUCCAGGAUCACGCCUCACUGCCUCUGUUCUCCAGCGUCGAUGAGAACAAAUUAAAGAACUUGACCACCGCCACCUCUUUCAUGAAACUCCUGGACAACUAUGAGUUCUCCACAGGCGUGGCAGAGCGAGUCACAGCAGAGGAGCAGACUGAGACUAAUCUCUUCCUGGACGCUGUCUUACAGACAGAGGUCAUGAAGCGCACUCACAGGUACCUGGUGAGCAAAGGCAAGUCCAGCUCAAACUUGAGGCUGUUUAAGAAUCAACUCCACUUGAUCUGGUUCCACCUCUACCACCGACAGAGGAACACAGGCCCAGACUCCUGUGGAUUUGAGCACGUCUUUGUUGGAGAAACAAAAUCUGGGACAGAAAUCAUCGGUUUUCACAACUGGAUCCAGUUCUACCUGCAAGAAAAGAACAGCCACUUGGACUACAAGGGAUUCAAAGCCAGGAUGAAUGACUUGCCAGAUCAGGACGACCAUGUUCUGAGCCUCCAGUUCAGCUGGCACGGUUUGGUGAAGCCUGUUGGAAGCGCCUUCAUUGGGACAAGCCCUGAGUUUGAGAUGGCGCUCUUCACCGUCGUCUUCCUCAUGAACACAGAGAGGAGCACCACAGUGCUGGUCAACAUCGACCAGUGUCAGAUGGAGCUGGUGGUCAUCAGACACGGCCGCGCCCUAGGCACAGCGUAUCCCAAACUGCUCAGCAGCAACAGCAGACAUGUUAGACAGCACUCGCACUGAAGUGACACAUGUUUCCUGUUUGACUGGUUUGGUUAAUCCAGUGUUAACCAAACCAGUGUUAACCAAUGUGUUUCUGCUCGUACAUUUACUGCCAUAAAGUGAAAAUAUCAAUAAAACGACAAAUGUUAA